UGGACUGCAUCUCCAACCUCCAGAGAAAGCUGCUUCUCUCCUUUGCCAAUAAAGUUCCACUUGACUAAAAAAAAAAGAAAUUAUUACAGUCUUUAAUUUGAAGCGAUUUGAAAUGAGGCCUUUUAACUUGACACGGAUACAGGAAGUGGUGGCAAGACUUCGUUGGUCAGUCAGUCACGGACAUCCAAGGUCACGGACUUUCAGGUUUAUAGGGCUGGCAAAAAGAAAAUAUUUGGCUGGACAUGAAGAAAGAAAAAAGAAGAGGUUCGAAGAAGAGAAGAGGCAAGAGGAUAAAGGAGCACUAUUAAAGUACAUGAUUGGAAAAGGAUCACAGGUGCCAGUAAACACAGCUCCUACUGUUGGUCCACCAGCCACCUCUACUUCUGGUGCAGAGGUGGUCAUGUCACCCAAGAAGCUGAUAAUGCUGCAGGUCCAUCAACCUCCACCUCUACCUCUACCUCUCUCUCUAGUGUCAUCCAAGAAAGCUCUAACAAUGCCGGUCUUUAUAUGCCUAUUGAAGUGGAGAGCAGUGCCAACAUGCCUACCACCACACCUGGCUCUCCAGUUCCUACUCCUCCAAUGGAUCCAGCUGACUGGCCAUCAGUCAAUCAACUUUCUGUAUUUUGCCAUGACCUAUGACCAAAAUAGUGAUACAUUCUGUCACUGUGUUACUUAUGGAUGGAAUUAUAGUGAAAUUAAAUUAUUCCCCUUUUUGCUUGGGGACCCCCCCUGGAACCACUGAUUUAGUCAACUGAAAGAAAAUUAAUCUGCAACUAUUUUAAUAUUAUUUUUGGAGAAAAAAAAUUCCAGAGUUGUCCGGUUCAGUCCCAACUUUUCAAUGAAUGACUGGCAGCUUUUCUUUGUCUUACGUGUCUUAUGUGAUAGUAAACUGAAUAUCUUUUGGGAUUGAAUUGUUGGUGGUUGGUGAUGAUGAUGGGCAUUUUCACUAUCCUAUGACAUUUCAUAGACCAAACCAUUAAUCAGUAAAUGAAUCCUCAGAUUAAUCGAUAAUGAAAAUACCAGUAAUCGUUAUUACAGCGCUAGAUUUAGUGUAUAUAAGCACCAGCAGCAGUGGUGGCAGCAUGUUGGCAGCAGCAAAUAAGUAGGUGGCAGCUGCACAGCAGAGCAAAAGAGUGGGCAGAGCAUUGGCAAUAAAAUACACCGCCUAGUACAAAUGGUGUAUUUGAUAUGGCCCCACAUGUAGCAGUGAAAAUGGAGUCUGCACUAGCUCACAAGCUCUGGGCACUAAUCAUUAAGAGGUUACACAACUGACUGCUAAAUAAAGUCUUAUGACUGUAUAAGAAGUGGCACACUUUUUUUUUUUUUUUUAGACCAAUACAGUGAAAACACCUUGUGGAUAGCCUGUACACAGUUCAUAAAAUGAUGCUGUCUCUGCUUUUCUAACAACUUA